AUGAACAUUUGGUCAGGGUCCAUUGACUUGAACCCAGACCGCCAGCUGGAAGGGAUCCGCUUAGUCGACCCGACCUCCCACUGGCAAUGCGACAUAUCCAAAACUGCCAAACUCGGUCUCCGCAGCUUUAUCAAUCCCGCCCUGAUUCCACUUCAUGCGCGGGCAGGCCCCAACCUCGAAUUACACACUCUGAACGCGGGGACGUCGCAAUGGUUCCAGGCCAAGUUGGCGGGGGCUAUAUGGUUGAACCAGGAUGGACUGGACCUCCACCAGUCUGUACAAUGUCCCGUCGGCCUGCUGGUCAGUGUCGAGGGGGCCCCGUCGAGGAAUACUACGGUGGUCACCUCGGACCUCUUGAUCUACGGCGUGUUGUCGACCGCGUCGUCCUGCGCACGCCCGCCAACCCCGCCGCACUCGUCACCGUCCGAUGUCCCCGGACAGCCCAAUUCCUCCCCGGGAAAACCAUAUCAGUUGAGGAUAUACGCGGCACCGCUAUCUACGUCGCUCAUCACUCAGGCGCAAGCAUUCCCAUCUCCUCCACCAAGCUCGGAUGAAGAGCGUGCCUCCACGCAGGCCGAGUUUCUCCCGGACAUUAGCUCGCCCAGUCCCAAGCGCAAACGUGUCGCGACUCUCUUCGAAGUCGCCGCGCAGCACCACCGGCGUGUCCGGCAGCGCGGUGGCGAGGCCGUCUCCCAAUUGAUGGCCUCGUCUCGGCCAUCUUCCUCGUCACAGAAUCUCCAGACGCUGAGAAUAAAGCGCGAGCCCGAGGAUGACCCGCCUAGUCUGCCAACGCUGGACCGACUGGCAGCACGCAGGUCACGAUCCGUAUCAAUCGGAGCCGGCUUACACAGACCCGUGAGCAGACUCGGCGCACGCGGAGCUGGCACGCCAGUUCCUGUAUCAGGGUCAGCUUCAAGCGCCGAUCCUCAAAAACGCACCACUUUACCAAACCCCUUCCUCGAUCCUCCAUCCCGCCGCGCAUCAGGACACACCCAACCUCCAUCACUCCUAUCAACAUCGAUCUCAGAAAACAAUCUCGCAACACCCAGCUCCCCGCCCAAAACCACAGACGCCAUCAUCGCCGAAAACAAGAACCUAAUCACCCGCACAAUCCUCACAUGCAUGCGUCUCUACGGCUUCCACCGCUCAAACCCACGCUCGACAUCCUCUUCCUUCUCCAGCAAGCUGAAUCCCGCCGGUCAAGGGUCCGCGGAGACAGAACCAGAUCUCCGAAGCACAACCCCAGCACUGGAGACUCUGCGUGCGGAGACACCGGCCCCCGGAGCUGCAGCGGAUGACGACGAGUUCAAAGCCAUGUAUCAUGCAACGUAUAAGGCUUCUGCGUUUGCGCUGCGGAAGUAUCUGAAGGAUUCAGGGGCGGGUGGGGCGGGAGCUACGCCGGUGUUGCUGGAGAAGGGGAAGGCUAUGACUUGUAUUGAUGAGUUGUUGAGGCUGUUUUGUGAGGAUCAUUAA